AGAGGAGGAACAAAAACCCCGCGGGCAGCACAGUCGAACUCCAGAAGAGUUGUGAAGUUGAAGAGAGAAGGAAGGAAAGCUCAUGACAAUACCUCCAACAUUUGCAUGACCAGCAGGUACGAGUUCCUCACUGACACACAGAUCUUCACCACACUGGUGCAAGAUUUCUACUUUUCAAUCAGACUUUAAAAAGUGAAUGUUGACACUGCUGUGUUGUAAGAGCUUGAAUGAGAGUGUGUUGUAUUCAGUAUUGGAGGGAGCAAAGUCUUUAUGAACUGGUAGCAAGAUAACUUGGAAACAAAUGUGCAGUAUCUACAUGACCUGAUCUGUGGGCUGAACCUGUAUUUAAACAAACCCACUGCACUCUCUCUGGCCUGAAUACCUAUUUUUAAAUUGAUCUUUUCAACCUCAGAGCAUUCAGCUGCUGAACUAACUCUUGAUACUCAGUCUGAGCUUCGCAUUAUGCACUUUAAUGACAUUACUCACAGUGCAAUGCCUUUAAUGACUAUCCAUGUAUCUGUGUUUGCUUGUAUACAUGUUAAUGCCAUUUUGUGUGUGUGAGAGAGUUUUUUUAAUAUGUAGUAAUUUAUACUACUAUUAGUGCUGUUAUGCACUCUCUUAACCAUUUCAUAUCACUUUUUUUCCAUCAGUUUUAUGUCCUGUUGGGUUUGACAUGCUAUCUUUGACUGAGCUUUAUAAUAUCGUUUUGCCAAUUUUGUCCUUUUACUACCUCUGGACUAUACUAGCCUAUAUGGUGAUAAACAUUUCCAAAUAACAUUUUUAUAACAAACCCGAAUAUGUCUGUUUUUUUACCCUUGAAGACUGAGAAACCUACUGAGCAUUUUUUGGUCUAAAAGAGGUCUAAUACAGUGUGAAAGUUUUCUAGACGUCAAAAUUUAGACCAAGUUUGGACCAAGUCUAAAUCUGGGCUAUAUCUAUACUACACUGUAUAUUGCUUAAUGGUUAUGAUAAUUAUUUUGGUGAAGUACUUGGAGAUCAGUUGUGCAACUCACAGUUGCUUUUUGAAAUAAAUAGUUAUUGAAUAAUGGGUUAAAGUGCAACGUCUAAAUUCUGUCUAAAAAUAUACAGAAUCUAGAUUGUUGAAAUUAGGUCUAAAAAGAAACGAUACGUCUAAUGGCCGUCUAUUGCUCAGUGGGAAGUCAAAUAGGAGACUAAGCUCAAAAUGUAUUAGAUAUUUCACCCAUAUUCAGAUUUUCUUUACUGUGCAGUUGAAUUUUUAAUUAAAAAAAACAAGAUCAAUAUGUUGUUCACUGAACUUUUCACCCUGAUGAAAACUUGAAGCACUUAAAGAUGAGUAUGUUGUAUUUAUAAAACUUGCAUUGCCUUGCAGGCACAGCCUAGUUAUAAGGGGAUUUCUAACUGUGUAGAGGCAUGUCUAUUUAAAGCACCUCAGACAAAAUUACUCUCAGACAUAUUAAUGUUUGACUAGAUGUUUUCCAAAGAAUUACUGUCGUAUGAUAAGUGAUUCACGCAACAGGAUGGCCCGGCCAGGCUAUUGUUUACAAGGAUGUUUGAAAUUGGAUGCAUGUGUGUAAACGCAGCUCCAGAGUCAGGAAUCUCUCUUUUAACUGUUCAUGAGUACUUAUUCAGUAAUGUUAAGUAAGAAACACUUACAAGGAAGUGCUUUUCUGUUUUGCACCAGAGCUGAGUCAUGCCUGCAUCUGAGUUAUUGUGUGUGUCACCAACAUGUGAUGGGUGUUUGGUGUCUUUGUCAUGGUCAUGUUAUAUUUCAUCUUACUUAAAAGGUAAACUAGGUCAAACUUUGGAAAUCACAUCUGGUCUUCACCAGAAUAAAGUGACUCAUGCUACUAGUAACUUUGCCAGAAUAUUUCAACAUCUUAAACUCCCUUUUCGUUUCUGUCUCAGGUCUCAAUGGACCUGGCCUUUCUGUUACUGUUGCAUGUCAUAUUUCAGCCAGCUCUCGCGGGUGAGUACCAGGUUUGGUUCUUCCAGCCAAGAUUAUACAAAUAGGAAAUAAUCAAACCUUUGUAUUUCUUAAAUACAUGUGAAAUAUGUUUAUUUGUUAAGUAAAAGUCACCAGCAGAACACUGUUAGAUGUUGUCUCUUGCUUCUGAAGUAUUUUCUUAAGACUAUGGAGCUUUCUGAUACAAUCUUGACACCAAUUUGUUUUUGUUUUUUUUCUAGCUGUCUUGUUCACUGUGGAGGCUGAACAAGCUUCGUAUGAGUCUGAAUUUGGAGGAGAAGUUGUGUUGGGCUGCAGUUUUAAGACUAAACUGCCCCCACCUUCUGCUAGCUUGAAGGUAACCUGGCAUCGGAUCCCUGCUGCCCCUUCAGGUCAGCAUGUAUACUGGUUGGAGAAUGGAAAGGAGCGCUUAGACUCCCAGGAUCCAGGUUACCGGGGUCGAGUGAAGCUCCUCACUGAGGAGCUGAAGAACGGCUUGGCAAGGUUACAGGUCAUUACAGUGACGCAUUAUUUCCUGUUAACUUCUCCUUUUAGUGUUUAGUACUUGCUCUAGCUUGUCGUCUCCUUUUUAUCCAGCUGGGAAUUUCUGAUGUGGGGGUAAAAGUCCCCAGUGUGGUGUAAGAUGACGGUUGAACAACAUUGGAUACUUUGCUGAUGCAAAACUAUCAUCAUAAUCAUAUUCCUCUUUGUUAUAGCUCACUUGAUUCUUUGAAAAUAUAACAAAAUGUGAGUUUUAGAUGAGUUGACAUUACUAUCAUUACAUUUAGUUCAGCCAGUAUGACGUAAAAGUAGAUAUUUAAGAUUACACAACACAAUCCUUGACUUUGAUUGUGAUUUAAAGCUCCUGUGGGUAACUUUUGGUCUGUUGAGUUUAUUGCCUCACAGACAAAUCUCUUCUAGUCUUAUCUUUUGCGAGUGCAGCAAAUCUCUGCCCUGAUAACUGUAAAAAAGGUUGUUUUUAGCAGCCUCUACAGGCAUUUAAAAUAACCUCCAAGAAACAAUCACUCUCCUUUGUUGACGGUUUUGCUCACUUUUUCAGUCAUAAUGAGGCAGCAGUAUCAAUUUCAGAAAACCAGCUGACAUGAGCUUUAGGUACAGCUCAUAUCAAUAAGGAUGAUAAAGCCUAUAUUCACUUUUUAUGUCUCUUUGCAGAUCUCCAGACUCAGAAUCAAUGACUCUGGGGUGUACCAGUGUUUGGUGGAGACUCCAGAAGGAGCUGAUUAUAAAAGGAUAACUCUGUCUGUUAAAGGUUAGUGGCGGUUUGACAGUUUUUUUUGCAGCUUUUAUCAGUGAAUACUUUGAGGGUUUUGUUCUGAGAACUGAACUCUCAUCUGGUCAUUUCUGGGCAGAAGGAGCACGCCUCAUAGUGAAAAUGAAACAAAGAUCAGUGUUACUCAAUUUUGUAAAAGACAAAAAAUAACGUUCAACUUUAUGCUCUAGGAUCUUCCCAUUUUGCAAUAUCUCUUUGCCAUAACCUUGUUCCUGUCUGCUUUUCACUCCAGCGAGCUACAAGGAUGUUGAAAAGCACAUUCAGAAGUCUGCAGAGGGGGAUGGGGUGCUGCUAACCUGCCAGUCUGAGGGAUACCCUGAGUCUUCUGUUGUGUGGCAGGAUGGACACAUGCAGAGAAUCGAAGCAGAUACAGCCAGUGUAUUGACCCCGGAGCAGCUCUUUGAAGUCACCAGCCAGAUUCAUGUCCGCUCUUCAGACAAAAACAACUUCACCUGUAGCUUUGCCAAAGACGGGCCCUCUGCAACAUUUCAGAUCCCAGGUAUACACGUCUGUCUUCUCUCUACAUUCCUCCCCAACCCAGCAGCGGCAUGGUGGCUGUCUAACAUGAGUCUGGUCCUGCCCAAGGUUUCUGCCUGUUAAAAGGAAGUUUUUCCUUGCCACUGCUACUCAUGUUAGUUGAGAUGGGCCAAAACCCAUCUUAGGUUGGUUCUUGAUCAUCAAACAAUGAGCGUGGUCUAGACCUGCUCUUGUUCCUUGAAAAGUGUCUUGAGAUGACGACUGUUGUGAAUUGGCGCUAUAUAAAUACAAUUUGAUUUGAUUGAUUGAUUGAUUGAUUAAAGGGUUUCAGAUAAGAGUCAACCAGACAACUUUGACAUGCUGACCUUUCUCUUUACUAUUUUUAUCACAUCGCCCCCCCUCAAUGAAUUCGAUCUAGGCUCACUCAGGGAAAAAACAAUACAUUUAUAAGUAAGACAGACAAGUAUGACUGUUCCUCCCGGCAUUUGUGUCACUGUCUUGACUUUUUCCCUUCAUUGCACCCACGUUAAUGGCUUCCGCCGAUCUACCAGUCGUCAUCAAUUUCGCUUCACAUGCAUCAUAACAACCACUGACACCUUCAAGUGUGAAGGCGAAGCAUUCAUCAUUCUCAUCCCCCGAAAAAACAGGAUAUGCCUUUAUGAAGUAAUCCCCACCUACUGCCAUUUCCUGUUAUGUUCACAUUUUCUUAUUCACUUAGACUCAUUGUUCGACCCACAUCAAAUGUUGUUACUAACAGAGAGCAUCAAGCAGCAAGAUUUCCCCGUGUUGUGCAGUGGAGCCGUGGGUGGUGUUGAGAGUUGAUCUUUGAAGUAUUUACCAGUGUAGGCGUGCUUUUGUGGAAGAUAUUAUCACAGGUGUGGAAACAUGUUGCUGUCAGGGUGUGUGUUUGUAUAUCUUCAUGUUAAAGUUCACAAGCGUACAGAAGAUAGACCUCUAUUUCCUCUGAGAUAAGACAGACAGAAAUGUGCGAGUGUCCUUCUGCUUAUUUCCGGCUACAGUUCAGGUAAUGAUGUCAGACAUCAACAGCGUAGCUUAAAACUACAUGAAGUAAUUUGAUGGUAAAAACAACAGCAAAAAAAAAAACAUUUCACAGUAUCAGAAACUUAAGCAGGAGUCAUUUUAACAGCAGUGCUUAUUUGAAUUUUUAACCACAAAGAGGAAGUUUGUGAUGGUCUCUGGUAGAUUUGGUUAUUUCCAUAGUGGUCAGUGAUUAAAGCCACAUGCGCAACUCUUGUAUUGCCACAACUUACCAUGGAACUCAAAUCCCUUACCUAAAUAUACAGUAUGAUACUACAGUUACUAACUCUUGUCUUUCCCUGUUUUUAACAGAUGAGAUAACGGCUCCUCAUGAGAAAAACGAAGCUCUCAUCGUCAUACUGUUCGUGGCAGUGAUAGGGGCGGUCACCGCUGUUGCAGUUGUCAUGUAUCGUCGAAAAGGUAACUCAUUGCUCCUUCCAUCAAGUCUUGAUUUCUCUCAGUUUCUCCUCAUUCCCAGCUAAUUUAGACUCCAACAAACAUAUCAGUACAUAGACGGUGGCUGUGGAUUUGAGGUAAACAUUCAUGACACUCCAAAGUCCAUUUAGAUUUAAAUCAAAUCAACCUAAAUGCAGUGAGAUGCUAUUGAACAGGCUUUGAAGUGAAUGUUUUUCCAUUUAAUGGUUCAGAGAUUCAGAAUCAGCUGAUACAUUGGCCCUCCUCUUUUCCCCUUCCCUAGCCCCCUGCCUACUCUCUAUUGUUAUCCAGUCUCUUACAUCCAGCUCUGGUACCUCUUUAUUUUUAAGCUUCUACAGUCACUGCUCAAAAAUUCCCCGUAGAAUCAGAUCAGAUGGAGAACUACCAACCAAUCUCAAAACAUCCUUUUUCUAACCAAACGUUUUCGAAAAGUUGUGACUGAAUUACUCCUAAAAUGAUUUAGUCACAACAUUUUUGAAAAAUUCUAACAGCAUUACUUUGAGUACAUUGGGAGUUCCCCAGGGUUCAGUCCUCGGAUCUAUCCUGUUCUCCCUUUUAUGCUGACGACACUCAAACCCAUUUUCUAGAUAACUAGCAAUAGCCUGAAUGAACUUCCCGUCUCUCUAAAAUUGUCUUCCAGCGGUCUAUAUUUCCUUCAUCUAAGCCCUGACAAAACUGAAUUACUGUUGACUCACUUAGUUUGAAAUUAACAUGUCAUCUUUGACUGAUAAAUGACCUUAAACCAUCAUCAUAUCAUCAAGCUUGCCCAAUCCUGUUUCCUUCAGUGAGGAAAUGUUGCAAAAAGUUGAACGAUACUCUUGAGGCAUUAAUAAAAACCUUUAAUUUUUCUUGUUUAGACUACUGUCAUACUUGCCCAAGUCAGUGAUCUUUACACGGCUUCAAGUCAGUUCACAGACAAGCUAUCAUGUAAUCCCUAAUUCUAGAUAUUUGCUUGUUUUGGUGGACCAGUGGGAAGGUAAAGAGUACAGCCUAACUUGAUAGCAAUGAGCAAUGUGGUCCAAUCAUGGCUCUGCGUACACUACAGAGUCUUCUCUGUUUUCUUUCCCUCUUGUGUUUGGAUGAAGGUUGAGGGGUCAUGGUUCUGGGCUGCUGGAGCAUAAUGUUGAGCCUUCUCGAGGUGUCGUGGGCCAAACCUGACAAAGGAAGGGGCCCACAUGAUAAAACUAAUGAUGGCUUGUAUCUCCAUGCCAGUCUAUCCCCAUCUAACCUCAUGGCAGGGUUAUGGGGGACUGUGUGUGUGGUAUGUAGUUCAACUUGUAGAGCAGUAGCAUAGAGCUGAGGGUGUCUUCAUUGAGUACUUAUCCUCUCUUUAGUGUAACUUGUAUUUGUUUCAAGAUUACUGCUUACUAUGCAGCCAGCAAGUCAGAUUGAAGGCAUGCGAGGUCACCCAGAGGCUGGAUUUCCCAUCAGGAUGUGCACAGAUACCUGCAGGAAAUAGAAGCAGAUCAUCCUGCUGUUGAUAUGGGUCCCAUAUGUUGUGUUUUCACUGGUUUGUUUUCAGCUUUAUAAUCCAAAAGGGACGAAUAAGAAAUAUAAAGAAAAGUGAUCUUUAAGGACAGAAAAAACUAGGAAGACUAUUUGUCACAUUGGUUAGAGCCUUCAGUAACCCUCAUUUUGUCAAACCAUCAGAAGCGUUUGUGUCCUGUUAGUGAAAAAAGAAAAAAAAACUGUGACAUUUCAACUUUGAGGCUGUCACACGGCUCAUAAAACAGCAUGAGUCAAGUAAUAUUACCAGUCAAAAGAGGAAAAGAGGAAGUGUUUGGUGCAGCGGACUCAAGGUGUUCGAUUUGCCUGUUUCUGCUUAGAGGGAAUUUUACCAGCAUGUGACCCUGGUGUUCUCAUGUGACCAUGACUUGGCUGUUUGGAUCUGAUGUCCUUUAUUACCAGCAGAUCUGGAAACACCAAACCUGCUCUUGGUCUUUGCGACAGGGGAAUUUGCGGCAAAUUUUCAAUGCAUGGGUGGUUUUUCAGUAUAACAAACGCCCCCGUCAUAUCAGAAGUAGGCAAACAGCAUAUUUCUAAACAUAUGAAUGUGUGAAAGUGAUAAGAGGUCUCACUUGUGUUUCAGGUUUAGAAAUCAUGAGCUGUUUCUUUAGAGCCAUGUGAGGUUGCGUGUGAGGUUGUGGAGCUCUUGCUCUUAACUCCAAGUGUAUGGGGUUAAAAGUUUUGACUUGGAAACAUGGCAGGAGAUGCUGAAUGUUUGUCCCUCACUGGUACUUGUACUCCCUUUAUCAACAAGAUAUUGGUGAUCAGAUUUUCAUUGAUGACUUGAAAAGAGAAGUAACGUAUGAUAUCAAAAAAUGGAUAAAAGAGGAGUUAAGCUCAGAACUUAAUCAGAGCAAAAAGAUGAUUAAAGUAUCCAGCGAGGAUGCCCCAGCGUCCGCUAAAGCUCAGCUCAUUCUUCUAAAACAGAGACUAUACUCUUUUAAACGGUGACACUGCAAACUAACUUCCCACCUCUACAUCUUUGUGUAAUACAAAAAAUACAAACUUAACUAACAGCCAUGAUUUUUCCACAGGGUGCAGAAAUACCGGCACCAGCAAUGUUUUGGCAAAUGGAGGUGGCAGGGAUGUCUUACCUGCUCUUUGUAAGUCUAAACAGAUCCUUAAAAUUAACCUCACAUGUGUAGUUAUAACCUCUGAUUGUCAGAAGCCAAACACAAAGCAGCUUUACUCUGAAAUGUGCUGCUUGAGGAAGUUAUUUUAAAAAGUGUUUGGUCACACGAAAUACAUCUAGAGGAGAGUUUACUAUAUAUGUCAUUGUGGGUAAAACUGAUAUUAUUCUCAAGAAUAGAGAAGUUCAAAGAUCCUACUUCUGUAAAGUUGAAUAUAUAAAAAUAUUUUGAGGUAUGUGAGUGUGUUGAUAUACCAAAACAGUCAUUUACCUGUUAAAAAAAACCACUGUUUUCUUUUAACUAGUCCUGCCAAUGGAAGAAGAAAAUGAGGAGGAGAAAACCAGGAUUAAUGAUGAAGGUGCGUAACUCUUAUAACUCUUAUAACUUUGCACACAUGAUUACUUUUAGUUUUACACACUACAGGCCAGAAGUUUGGAAGCAGAGCCAUUACAGGCCGAACAGUUGGGAGUAACUUCAAGUUUUUGUUCACAAUGCUUUUUUUUUUAAUCCAGCAUGAGUUUUAUUUAUUUUAGGAUGUAUUUACUCCAUGAUCAGAUGUUGCUUUCAUGGAAAUGCACCAUUUUACUCCAUUUACCUUGAAAUAUACGUUGAUGUUAACAGACCAUUGCUAAAUAUAUGUCAGCAAAAGAUAAUAAGGGCUUAGUUUAGGGUUGAAAACAUUUGCAAGAGUCACAACUUCAGCGCAAACAAAAAAAUAAACAAAUCACAGUUGGAUUAUUCACUUCAACUUUUUGGCUUUUGAGAGCCUGCAUACAAAAAUCCUAAUAAAUCUCAACUGCGUUCAAACUACUGCAGAAAUGGCUAGAAAGAAGCAACUGAGUAAAGAAACAAAAGUACAGAUUUGUACUUCGAGGAAAGAAGGAUACACAGAAAGAGAAAUUGCAAAACGCCUAAAGGUGUUUGACAAAGGAGUCCACUGCACUCUGAAGAGACUCGAGGAACCUGGAAGUUAUGAUGAUAGAAAAAGACCUGGAUGAAAGAGAGUUACUACAAAAUCAGAGGAUAAACAUAGUAUUGUCACCAGCAAGAGAGAUCGGCGAAAGACAGCACCAAAAAUAAGGGAGGAAAUCAACAUGACAAGGUCGAAACCCAUAUCUCUGACAACCGAAAUGACGUUUGAGAAAGGCUGGUCUGAAGGGUUUUGUAUCUGCAAAAAAACACUACUUUGUCCACAGAACAAGAGAAAGAGAUAUGAGUGGGCAAAAGCUCACAAAAAUUGGACUUAUGAUGAUGAGAAACAAGUUUGCACAGUUUGGUUCAAAACACAGAGUCAACGUCCGCAGACAAACUGGUGAACAUCUGAAAGCACCAUGUGUUACAUCCACAAUUCAGCAUAGAGGUGGUAGUUCCAUGGUAUGGGGAUGUUUUGCAGGUGAUAGAGUAGGAGAUUUGUUUGAAGUAAAGAGUAUCAUGAAGAAGGAACAGUGCCACUCCAUCCUCCAGCACCAUGCCGUUCCAUCUGGACUCAGACUUGUGGCUCAUGAGUUUGUUUUGCAGCAAGACAAUGACCCUAAGCACUCUGCCAAGUUCUGUCAGGGUUACCUCGACAAAAAAGAAGAGGUGUUCUUCAAAAGAUGGUUUGGCCCCCUCAGUCUCCAGACCUUUCUCCAAUUGAGCUUGUGAGGAUUGAAUUGGAUCGAUCGGUCAGAAAAACGCGUCCCACGAAUCAGCAGUAUCUUUUUGAUAAACAUAAGAAAGCUUGGAAUGCAAUCCCUGGAACAUACCUUAGAAAACUUAGUCUAAGCAACAGUAACUCAAAUACCUAAUAAUUAUAUUCAAAAAGUCUUCUGAUAAGUUACUCUUUACACAGUAGUCAUGUUUAUUGUGUUGCAAAUUAUAUAUAUGAAACUAUGAUCUUUUUUUGUACAAAUCUGAUCUUGCUUCCAAACUUUUGUCCUGUAGUGUAUGUUCAGUUUAGUACCAUAAUAGAUACAAAUGAAGAAGCAAAUGUUUAUAAUGUUGUUUUUACUUUCACUUCAUUUAAAGGUCCUGUGAGGAUCAUUUGACUUGUGUUGAUUUUUGUGUUGACAAAUCAGAUUCUGUCCUGUUCGUGUUACAGUGUCGUUUCCAUGUUCACUCACUGUGAACUUUGACUGUUAAAAAUAUUCAAAGAACGGCUGUUUCUGUUGUCUGCAGUUAAUCACGCUGUCUGACACCUAACCUUGUGGCAGAAGUUGCCAAUCAGCUAUUUUCCCGUGACUAACCGACCAAAUAUCUCAGUAUAAUAUUACUCAUAUGUUAUUUCUCAUGCUGCUGAAGAAAAGCCUGUUGGUUUUUCAGUGUUUUUUCUCUGUAAUUUUGCACAUUAUUUACUCUUGUCUGGUUUUCUCUGUAGGCAGCACAAAGGAAAAUCUUGAGGCGUUUGCGAAAGCACGUUACCUUCAGCUUCCCUUCACUCAAAAGUCUAGACAGUACUGGGAGGCUUUCGGUGUGGAGGUGCUGCCUUACAGACUCCAAAACAAGUGAGUCACUUAUUUCCAAAUAAAAGGUCAUGAGGAUGCAGGACUCUACACGUAUGAUUUUUUCCAACUGAGACUAAAGUUUUUCAUUUUAUGCUACUCUUGACAUUUUUAGCCAACUUUCCGCUUUGAUACCUUUAUUUUAGAUGGCUUGAUUUGACCUACUGUGCAAACUUUCCUGGAACUACAAAGUUAAAAGUUAAAACUUGAUGUGUGGGCUAAUCCAGAAGUUGUAAUCUGUGUUUUCUCCUUGUUCUGUUUUUCCUCUCAGUGAGGGCCAGCCUGUGAAACUCCAAGCGUUACUCCCAGAAGCUGGAGAGACUCUUCUCCUGCAGGGACCUCCAGAGAGUGGGAGGACAACUUUGGCCCAAAUCCUGGUCUCAUCUUGGACGGAAGGACCCGAACAUGCCUUUCCUGACCUCCUCGACCUCAGUGCGGUUCGGCUGCUUCUCUAUGUGGACUGCAGCAAAGCAAAGGGCGACUUGUUUGAGGAAAUAGCCACUCAGCUCUCUCUCACGGCAAAGAUGUCAACAGAUGAGCUGAGGACCGCGGUGUUGACUCUGUCCAGCGAGGCCCUGCUGCUGUUGGAUGGGUACAAAGAAGGGGGGCAGGUUUUUGACGAGUCUGUGAGGAAGUUUCUGAGUGAGCGGGAAGGAUGUAGGGUGCUGGUUAUGGCCUGCAUGGGACACUGUGAAUCGCUGAAGGACACAGUUGGGACAGGAUGGGUGUUGAGCCUCCAAACAGAGUCUGUGACACACUGAGUUCAAAAAAAAAAAAACAUUUAGCACUUUUUACUUUUUAGACAUUUGAAUGAUGUUUAUAUUUUUACAACUUUUUUAUAUCCUGGAGACCAAUUUUUUAGAUGCCCAAGUAUAUUUCCAAACUCAUGCAGCUCUAUCUAUGCCUGAAUAUGUAAAGUUUGUUAAAAUGUGCAAUAAAUUCAUAUUUUAUAUUCUUUUGAGA